UGCUUAGACAGACCCCAGUAUCUCUCUCUCACAUUCUCAGCAAGCAAAAGCAACGAGGAAGGAUGGAGACAGAGAAAACGAAAAAGAAAGCAGCAGCUCUCUCGCUUCAAGAAUUCAUCUCCAUUACGUCUCCUUUGCUCGAUUUAGAGAAGGAAUCAGAGAUAUCAGCAUCUAUUGGUUCAGGCGCGUUAAGAAAUUUAGAUUCUGCUCAGAAGAAAGGUUCUACGAUUCUCAAUUUGAAGUGCGUUGAUGCUCAGACAGGUUUGAUGGGGAAGACGCUACUGGAGUUCCAAUCUAAUAAAGGAGAUGUUUUACCUGCUCAUAAGUUUGGCACACAUGAUGUGGUUGUCUUGAAACCGAACAAAGCUGAUUUAGGAUCCCCUGCUCUUGGUCAAGGUGUUGUUUAUCGGUUAAAGGACUCGUCUAUUACUGUUGCUUUUGAUGAUGUACCGGAUGAGGGUUUAAAUAGUCCGCUACGAUUGGAGAAAGUUGCAAAUGAGGUGACAUAUCGGAGGAUGAAGGAUGCCUUGAUUCAGUUGAGCAAAGGUGUGCAUAGAGGCCCCGCUGCUGACUUAAUUCCUGUUUUAUUUGGAGAGAGACAACCAACAAUGUCAAAAAAGGAUGUUACAUUCACCCCAAUUAACUCCCACCUUGAUCACUCUCAGAAAGAUGCCAUUUCAAAGGCACUGUCAUCAAAGAAUGUAUUUUUGCUACAUGGACCUCCUGGAACUGGAAAAACCACUACUGUGGUGGAAAUUAUCUUGCAAGAAGUGAAAAGAGGAUCGAAGAUUCUUGCAUGUGCUGCUUCAAACAUUGCUGUCGACAACAUUGUUGAGCGACUUGUUCCUCACAGAGUAAAGUUAGUGAGAUUGGGGCAUCCUGCACGCUUGCUACCUCAAGUAUUGGACAGUGCACUUGAUGCACAGGUUCUACGGGGGGACAACAGCGCUCUUGCAAAUGACAUUCGGAAGGAAAUGAAGGCAUUAAAUGGAAAAUUGUUGAAAACCAAAGAUAAAAGCACAAGAAGAGACAUACAGAAGGAACUCAGGACUCUUUCAAAAGAAGAACGUAAAAGGCAGCAGUUAGCCGUGAUAGAUGUAAUUAAAAAUGCAGAUGUGGUGUUGACGACUUUGACUGGUGCAUUUUCUCACAAGCUGAAUACUACUUCGUUUGAUUUGGUGAUUAUUGAUGAAGCUGCUCAGGCACUUGAGAUAACUUGCUGGCUUGCUUUGCUGAAGGGUUCAAGGUGUAUACUUGCAGGAGACCAUCUUCAGCUUCCUCCGACCAUCCAAAGUGUUGAAGCUGAGAAGAAAGGGUUGGGAAGAACCCUCUUUGAACGCCUCACGGAUCUGUAUGGAGAUGAAGUCACUUCUAUGCUCACUGUCCAGUACCGCAUGCAUGAACUAAUUAUGAACUGGUCAUCUAAAGAGCUUUACAACAGUAAGAUCAAAGCCCAUCCGAGUGUUGCUGCACAUAUGCUUUUUGAUCUUGAGGGUGUCAAGAGAUCCUCUUCUACAGAACCGACCCUUCUUCUUGUAGACAUAGCUGGGUGUGAUAUGGAGGAAAAGAAGGAUGAAGAAGAUAGCACAAUGAAUGAGGGAGAAGCUGAAGUUGCAGUGGCCCAUGCAAAGAGACUUGUUCAGAGUGGAGUCCAGGCUUCUGACAUUGGAAUAAUUACUCCUUAUGCAGCACAGGUUGUCUUGCUCAGGAUAUUGAAAAACAAUGAUGAUAAGCUAAAGGAUAUGGAAAUCUCAACAGUGGAUGGUUUCCAGGGUCGAGAGAAGGAAGCCAUCAUUAUUUCAAUGGUUCGAUCAAACUCAAAGAAAGAGGUGGGGUUUUUGAGUGACCAUAGGCGGAUGAAUGUGGCUGUGACACGGGCAAGAAGACAGUGUUGUCUUGUAUGUGACACAGAGACAGUGAGCGGUGAUGGGUUCUUAAAGCGAUUAAUUGAGCAUUUUGAGGAGCAUGGGGAGUAUCUAAGUGCAUCAGAGUACCUCAAUGAAUGAUCAAAGAUAGCUAGGGAAGAGGGUAUUUUUAAACUGUUGGAGAUUAUCAAAUGGCUUGCUAGAAGACAUUACUUGGAAUUAUUUUAACUAUUUGUAUUUGGAUCAAAGUAAUCUGAUAGUUGAUCAGAGCAUAUUUUGCUUCUUUUAAUUUAUCUAAUUAUCUGGAAAAGAUUAUACUUUGUAUUUUUUACUAUAAUUUUGAAAUAGAUAAAAAUCUCUUGUCCA